UAAUCAUCUUUUGAAGUGUUAAGUUGUUUAAAGUAAUGUGAUUCAAAAUUAAAAUAACUUUGUGUUGACUACUUAUCAACAUUUCUUUUAUUUAUAUUUUUUGUACAAAAGUUACAUUAAAGUAUGUACUUACACGAAACAUAACCUUCAUGAGUGUAAACAAACAAUUAGCAUCAAAUGCGCUUCUGUCUAAGACGUACGAUAUAAAAUAUGCAGAGUUUGUAAAUAAAGUGCUAAAGGAAUCAGCUGACAGUUUUGAAAAAGAACAGAAAUUUUUAGAUGAUGUACUAUUAAAUCUGUAUAACAUUUUUGGUGAUGCACUUGAAAGGGCAUUAGAAUUGUAUGAACGAGGACGUAUAACUUAUAUUUUUCCUUCUGAAAGUGCUGGUGUUCCACCUCAUAAUGAUAGACAUACUGCCAGAUAUUUAGUGCAGGUUAAAGGAUUGUCAGGAGCAAUAUAUAUGCUUUUCCCAGAUAUAAACUAUUGUCUUUGUGCAUCCUUUAGAUGUCAAGUGUUAAAUGAUAGAUCUUUAUUUACUUGUAAACACGUUUUAGCAGUUUGGCUAACUACCAUCACGAAAGAUAAAUUGUCUUAUCAAUAUAUAACAGAGGAACAAUUUCAAAGCUUGUUAUUAUUUCAAGUUUUAGAUAAAGAACAUGUACACUGAAGUAGAAAAUUAUAAUUUAGUUGCAAAGUUAGGAAAUCUUAAAACUAUAGUAUUGUUAUUAAAAGCAAUUAAUUUUAAAGAGGUAUAAUAAUAUUCGGCCAUUCUUUUGAGAUUUCUGGCAGAGACAAAAUAGAUUUUGAUAUAAGAACUUUUUGAUUUUCUUCAGAAUGCCACAUGUUUUGGAACUGAGAAUGGUUUAAAAGUAACAGUAGAAGAUGCAAAAUGCAUGCAAGCUAGUGCUUAUAUACCAGCUCAUGUAUUUCAGGUGUUUAAUUUAAAGGAAGACGUAAUAUUUAGAGUAAAUUUAAACAUAUUAGUGGAGUGCCUCUGUAUGUUUUGGAGUAAUAUAAAUUGUCAAGGGAGCUCUGUAGCUUUGCAGCUCUUCUAUGAAGUA